AUGAGUACACCUAAACACACGAUUCAUCUACCCGAGGAGACAUCACAAGUCUGCGCCAAUCGGUGCGCCGAAAAGUCGGCAAUCAAAGCUGGUGUGGAGGUAGCAAAUGCGGAAUACGUCGAUUACUUGAAACAGAUGAUCACUAGUCUCCUGGAAAAUCAAAUGAACCUCUCCGCGGCUUUGGAUGAGACACGAGAAGCUUGUGCUCAGUUAAAUUUGCAAAAAUCGGAGCUGGAGGCCUCAAGCACCCAAGAGGUGCAGGUGUUGCAAGCCGAGCUGAGCAUGUGCCGACAGCGCGAGGCGGAGAUGACUUUGGCCUACGAAGACUUGCGGAGUCGAGUAGAGGCAAUUGACCAAGUCAUUGAACAAAUCCCAUGGCUUGAUGUCCUCUUCAAUUCUGAUGGUCCUCUCCCCGCUCGUCUGAAGGCGUUAAAGUGUGAGGACGAGGACGCGGAGACAGAGGCAGCACCAGAUGAGCCCCGUAUCUCGCAAACCUCCUCAACCCUCCGUUCCGCUAGUUACGAUGUUGAUGCUGACGCCGACGAUGACGAUGAUGAUGAAGCCGAUAUUGAUGUGGUAGAGAGUGACAUCAUGCCGCACUACCGUCAAGUUCCGCUCUCUGCUUGGCGUCGCUCCAAACGCACUGGAAGUGCCUCUCCGCUGAGUGACAGUGGCUGCACUUCUGAGAGUCACGACGAAAUUUCACUAGUCUCGCUCAACAGCGCACAUAGCAGUCCCCACCUAGCUGUUCUCCGUAGGCGUCUAGAAGCUCAGCAACUGCAACAGCAAAAUGGUGAAGUGCGGAUGCGUAGAUCACUACCGCACGCACCGCUAAAGCGUUCUGCCACUUCAGCAAUCGUCGGUGAUGGUAACAAGGGAAAAGAAGGAUGGAGACUAGGGCGGAUUACGGAGUCAUUGCGGGCAUCAAUAUCGCGGUUCGCAGAUAAGUCCGAGUGGAAGAUAGAAGCGCUGGCAGCGAGACAACGCGAAGCGAGAGCACUGGUGCUACUUAAUGAAACACAAGCCGAGGUUCGAAAGGUGGAGUCACGCUGCAAGGGUCUUACGCGACGGCAGAAUGAACAGGAGUUGAAGAUGAAUGAGAAGGAGAAGGAGAUUGAACGCCUCUUGAGUCAGGAGCGAGAGCUACGAAACGACCUUCGCAAUUGGCAGCAACGAGUUUUCCAACUUGAAGCCGAGACUCAGGAGAUUCGUCACAACUGUCAGAUAGCCGAACUGGAGAUGAAGUCACGCCUUCUAGAGGCCAGCAUGCUGGCAGCUGACCCAACUGCUAAAGCCUCUCUGCACAAUCCCGCCAGCCUCUUUUCUGAGGACCUGAUUCGGUUCAAAGUGACAGAUGAGACUUUAACCCCCACUACAACCACUCCAUCCACCGCCACUAUAAACACUCCCACCCCUGUCACCUUUCGUGGAUGCCCUCAGGAGGAUACCAGUAGACCGCCCAAAUUCUCUCGGCCUUCGUUGAAAGGAAGACCACGAUUUGCCUCAACCACCAGCCUCUCGCGUCUCCCCGUAGUCUCGUCUUGUCAAUCGCAAAAAAAUACAUCAGGAAUGAGUCGACCCGCCUCCAGCCUCCAGCUGCAUCAACCCACUGGCGGUAUUGAUGGUGUGUCGGGUCGAGGCCGCAGCAGCGUCCUCACCACCUCCUUCGGUUCGCUCUCUGAGCUGGAGCUUACACCCGACCUUAAGACCGUUGAUCUGACGGUAGAUCCCGUCGCUCCUCCACGUGAUUUUAUUGGCUACCCUGCGAGACACGAAGAUAUGCAACGUGAUUUAGAAAAGUUGGCCUCCUUUAUUACCCUCUCAAAACGACGUUCGGUCGGGUCUACUACCUUAGCUGCCCAGUUAUUACGAGUGGACGACACCGAAGAAAAUUCAAUUCUAAGUUUAUCACUACCCCUUGGACAUCAGAGUGGUAAAGGUCGAUGCUUAGUGAGGAACAACAAUGCUCAACUGAAGAACAAAAGGCCUCUCCUUUCCUCGGAUCCUGACCGCUCCAGCAUGGACCUUGAAUGCGUUAAGCAGGACGAGAAUAGCAAUACCAUGCCCACUGCGAAGUACAUCCGUAUUCAGGCGGACUGUGCUACAGGGUUGCCAAUGAUAUCCAUUUUUGAUGAGUGCGGUCAAUCACAGUUGGCAUGCGCCUAUCUGGCCAAGGAUUUUAAACUUGAUAUUGACUUCAAAUUAUGGGCAUGCAAUGGCAAUAUUGUGACCCCCUGUCCCACUGUCUGCACACGUCGAUGUUCUGGGCCGUGUCCACCAGCCUGCCCACCAUGUCCACCGGUCUGUCCGCCAUGCCCACCAGUUUGUCCCCCAUGUCCGCCAGCUUGUCCGCCAGCUUGUCCACCAGCUUGUCCGCCGUGCCCACCAGUCUGUCCACCUUGUCCUGCACCCUGUCCUCCACCAUGUCCCCUCCCCUGUCCUCCGGUUGGACAGGCGUCCUGUGGAAAUUGGCACAUUUGGCGAAUCGCAAAUUUCGCUCAAUUGGAAGAAUGUAAUGGAGGUGAAUGGUGUGAGCCAUUUUACUUGGGCCAGCCAGGCUAUAGAAUGCAAGCCAAGCUUGAAUUCACCACCUAUCUUUUUGGUAUCUAUAUCAAACUGGUGCCUGGGGACUAUGAUGACUGCCUGUCGUGGCCCUUCUCGUCGGAUAUUUACUUUUCGAUUUUGGAUCAGACGGGAGCGGGGAACCACAUUGUGCGAGUGUUGAGACCAUACCUGAAUGAUGAGGAUGAGAGGGAGCUUUGUUACAUUUUACUUGUUAUUUUCCAAAGGAAUAGAAUGGACAAGGAGUCUGAAUUCACCUCUGAUGAUUUCGAUUUUUGGCUCACGGCCUGUGCUAUCCUAACCUUCCUUUGCUAUGCUCUCUUCGGUGUCCUGGUAUUCCUCCUCCGGCGCAUCAUCAAUGACGCAUUUAGAGCGGUUUUGCGCACCAACGUCUUUAAGCCGUCCACCGAAACCGUCUUUCCCUUAACCAAUUGUGCGGCUAUUACCCAAAUUACACAUAAGGAGAAUGGGGGUUCCCUACGUCUUUCCCUAUCGCUUCUUAAGGGUGUCUCCAUGUUCCUCCUUCGCAAUGUUCCAUUGAUUGCUUUCCACAGUGCUAUGAUUAGGCCUACUGUUGAACUUUUGCAAUUUAUUCGAGAUACAGCAGCUGAGGAAGUCUCUGUCUACAAUCGAGACAUCUUCGUAAAGACUAAUCAGGAACUAGUAAAUAUCAACGAUUUCCGACGCUCAUAUGACCUCGUCUUCGCUUUCUUUGAUGAGAGUGCAUUGGAAGGUGAAAUACAAGAUGAGCAGGUGGUCCUUUCUCUCUAUAUGAUUCAUGUGAAACAGCACAAAGAAGAACAUCGACCGACGCAGGUACUCUACUCUUACUGCAAAACUAAUCGUGAUCGACUCAUCUGUAUUCGAAAACUGUUCACUAAUGGGACUGAAAAUGAGGAUGGUGAACAAAAGCAGCGGCCCGACUGCGCAAUUUGCUUGGCGGAGGCCGCAGCCAAUGUCAUCUUUGUGCCCUGUCGGCAUGUGGCGAUGUGUCAAAAGUGUCUCCUCGGUUUUCAAGCCUCUUCUCAAUGCCUUCAUUGCCCACUGUGCAGAGGUGUUAUUUCAGAAAUCAAACUACUGUGA